AUUCUAAAGAGAUCAAAGCAAACAAUGCAAAGAAUAAAUAUUUUGGAGAACAUUUAGAUUUGUCAGAAUAUUCUAAUUUAACCAAGGUAGUCCUUGGGCUCAGUUCUCAUUUAACAAGUUUAAAACUUGCUCAUUCGAACAAAAUUACUUUUAUAAACAUCUCUGGUACUGGAAUUGAUAAUUUUUCUUUUUUGGCACAUACGCCUAACUUACAGUCAUUAUGGUUGCCCCAAGCAGGAGACCAUGCUUAUAUUGCCAAAGCAUUCCGAGAAAAGCAACAAUUCGCUAUUUUCCAACAGGAAAAUCAAGCAUAUCAGCAAACUAUCAAUGAUCAACAAAGUCAGAUAGACGAUUUGUCCAAUAUAGCUUUUCCAAAUAAACCGUAUAAUUUCCUUAAACUUAAACAAGACAUUAUCCGACUUAAAGCCCAAGAAUUAGAACCGCAAGUAAGAAAUGAAACCACGAAGUUGGUUCAGCUAAUUUCAGAAGCAAAAAACAAAUCGGGCAAUCUUUCUUACAUUGUUGACUUAAUCUUAGAAACCCAAAAGCAAAUCUUGCAGAACAGCAAUAUUGCUCAGCGAGAUAAAUUAAGUGGCAAAAUAGAAGCUUAUCAAACCCUUCUUGUUGGUAGUUUAACUGAAGAAGAGCUGCAAACACUCUUAAACAAACAAACAGAAGUCCAAGAAUUAGAAAAUCAUUUAGAAAGUUUACAACAGAAUCUGAACAUUAAUGAACAAAAUCAGUUGUGA